GGGAGCUGGAGGCGGGGACCCUGAGUCCGCACUCUGGCGGGCGGCGGCAGCAGGAGUUGCCAGGCUAGGGCUUGGGCUGGCUAGCGCAGGACUCUAUAUAAAGAGGGCGGACAACGCUGUUGUUCACACACUAUUCUCUCUUCACUUGCUCCUGCAGGCACCUGCAUCAGCACAAGCACCAACACCGCCACCCCAGAUCGCCCUGACCCGGCGAGAGGACUGGUGGGAUGGCACGGAGUAGUGCCCGCAGGGCGGAGUCCACCCCAAAGCAGGAUCCCGGGCCCCGGCCCCGGCCCCCUUUACCUUCUACCAACUGCAGUUUCUCUGCGGGGCAAGUGGUUCCAGUCGCGGGCACAAGAAGAGAAAUCUAGAAGGAAGUGUAGAGGUACUGGGGCAAGGAUGGGAGAACCAACUCGGGCAACCACCCUCUAGGGCAUACCCCACCCACCUCCAAAGACAGCUGUGCCCUAGUCUCGGGACACCUCCUCUAGGAUUUCUGGAUCUAACGUUCAAGACCGAAAAAGCCAGACGGGACCGACGGGCGGAUGCCGUCUUCACCUUCUUUCUCAGUCUCUGUGAGUUGAAACUCUAGUGACUGGAGUGAGGAGUGCCUUGGGGCGUUUGGAUUAAGAAACACUUCUUGAGGGGAAAAAGAAGGAGGGAAAAGGAACAGAAAACAAGCAGACCAAACACAAACCGCGCCCGAAGCGCACGCUCAGAGGAUUUGGGAGCGAAGUAUAAGUACGCCUUCUCUAAUAAGAUUGGAGACUCCAAGGCUGCCUGCUAGAAAUGCCAAGGGCUGGAGGCUUAUUGCCUGUGUCUCUGUGAUUGAGCACCAGACUCAACCUUAUCCAAAGGUUGGUGAUCCGAGGUAUGGGGACGCGCUCUACUUGGCUGGGCUGCCUGCCGCACCCGUGACCUCUUUCGGGCUCCCGCAGCUGCGGGUAUCAGGGCUGUCCCAGAGCACAGGAACUCCUGGACACGAUUGGCUGUCGGGGAGAGCUCAUUUAUUCCUCCCCUCAACAAAAUACCUCGCGGACCCAACCUCCCUACUUAAGUCUCCACCCUCUGGGCUAGCGUGCUGUUUAGUCAGUCUGUGAUUUGGACCUGCGCGCCACCUGCUCUGGAGAAAGGGUGAGGGGCGCAAUGGAACAGCCUAGCCAUCAGUGCUCCCCGCCGGCCUCCGGCUCCCUGACCUCCCCACCUAUUGAUAAUCAAUCUACCUUCCCGAAUCCUAACUGCAGUUCUCCAGAUCUGGAGCCAUAUCAGGACUCGAUUGCACUCCCUUGGAAGGUGCUCCUGGCCACGUUACUUGCACUCAUCACCUUGGCCACCACCCUCUCCAAUGCUUUUGUGAUCAUCACCGUCUCCCGGACUCGGAAGCUGCACACUCCUGCCAACUACCUGAUCGCUUCCCUGGCAGUGACUGACUUGCUUGUAUCUAUCCUGGUGAUGCCCAUCAGCACUAUGUACACGGUCACCGGUAGGUGGACGCUGGGCCAGGUUGUCUGCGAUUUCUGGCUGUCCUCGGACAUUACCUGUUGCACAGCUUCUAUCCUGCAUCUCUGUGUCAUUGCUCUGGACCGCUACUGGGCCAUUACAGACGCCGUGGAGUAUUCGGCUAAAAGAACUCCCAAGCGAGCAGCGAGCAUGAUUGUCAUGGUAUGGGUCUUCUCCGUGUCCAUAUCCUUGCCUCCGCUCUUCUGGCGCCAGGCCAAGGCUGAGGAGGUGGCGGAUUGCUCAGUGAACACAGACCAUAUCCUCUACACUGUCUACUCUACUGUAGGCGCCUUCUACUUUCCCACUCUGCUACUAAUUGCCCUCUAUGGCCGCAUCUACGUGGAAGCUCGUUCUCGGAUUUUGAAACAGACACCCAGCAGAACUGGCAAACGUCUGACUCGUGCCCAAUUGAUCACCGAUUCCCCGGGGUCCUCUUCCUCUGCCACCUCCAUUAAUUCUCGAGUCCCCGAAGGAUCCAGUGAAUCGGGGUCCCCAGUGUACGUGAACCAAGUCAAGGUAAAGGUCUCUGAUGCCCUCCUGGAAAAGAAGAAGCUCAUGGCCGCUAGGGAGCGAAAAGCCACCAAAACGCUUGGGAUUAUUUUAGGAGCCUUCAUAGUCUGUUGGCUGCCUUUCUUUAUCAUCUCCCUGGCAUUGCCUAUCUGCGAUGACGCCUGCUGGUUCCACCUGGCCAUCUUUGACUUCUUUACUUGGCUAGGCUAUCUCAACUCCCUAAUUAACCCCAUCAUCUAUACCAUGUCCAAUGAGGACUUCAAACAAGCUUUUCAUAAACUGUUACGGUUCAGGCGCACUAGCUGAAUCUUGAGGUGGUAGAGCGUUCACCAAGGCACCUCUGGGGAACGUGCUUGUCUAGUGUCUGAUUCCACAGGUAAGGUGGACUCUUCUUAUGCUGGUGUUGUCUCAGAGAGAGGCUCUCCUGGGACAGAGAAAGCAGUGCUGAGAAACCAGUAGAGUCCAGAGGGGGCUCUGGAAGGAGAGAACCGUGCAUAGAAAGUGUAGAGCAAGAAGAAUCGUAUCUGCUCCCCCACUCCCAGCUCCCCAAACUUCCUGCCUUGCUAUCGACACUGCUACUUUCCUGCGCCCUUGAGGCUAUAUAUAUAUAUAUAUUUUUUUUUUUUUUAAAUGGGAGAUACCCAUUUAAGACCUUUGUAUGGAGUAUGUCUGUCUAUAGUCUCCGGUACUUGGAAACCUGCCGAACUCCUAUCUCCUACCUGCAGGCAGUGCUUAUAAUAGUUUAUCCUCCUGUACUAGUAAGGGGAGGAAAGCUUGAAAGCACUCCUCUUUAUUACUCCAGUCCGAUGAAACUGGCCAGUGUUUACUUCUUCAACUCUCUCUUUUAAGUAUUUAAACACAGUGAGUGCUGCGUAUGGAUUUAGUUUCCUGGACCUUAAUUUUGUCUCUGAUGGAGAAGAAAGCUUGAAGAGUUAAACUGCGCUGCGGAAUUCUGCUGUGAACAAUCCCUAUUGUUUUCCUUAUACUUGAAACUAGCUGGGGGAUGGGCAGACUUGACCGGAGGAUUGACCUCCUUGAGUGUUUGUUUUUUUUGCAAAUUGUAAUUGUCUAUACCUGUUUAGUGAUUGUCCAGCCACAUGUAACAAAGCAAACUAAGUAUUAUGUGUGCUCGUGCCAAAGUCUGCAAACUGCUUUAGUUUUAUUCCUAAUUCAUGUACCUGUCACUUUACAUAUUUAAAUUCCGGGUAAAUGGAGAGUAUAAUGGGUGACUCAGCCCAAAUUGCUGCUAUAUUACUAAUGAAUGCAAUUGUUUAGUGUUAGAUAAAUCCUUCCUUCACCUGUUAAACUAGACAGCUGUCUUUGUCUUUACUCUCUCGCCCAAUUCUGUGAAACCGACUUGGCGGAAGAGAGAUCAAAUAGCAACAACUCCUAUUGGUUAAGGAGUGGGGGGAGGGAUAAAGGGAGGGGAAAUAUAUAACCUUGACUUGUACAAAAUUCUUUAAAUGCAUGAAAUAGUUAUUUGCACAAACAUUUUUUUCAUCUGAGGUUCCCUUGUGAACAAGCCUAUCAAGUCACCAAGGGGACUAGUCCCCCAGGUACAGAAAUACUUGAUAUGGAGUAGGAGCCCUAACAUCAAUGUUACUAUUGAAUAUUUACUUCCUCUUUUAUAUUUUGAAUUAGCAAAAACUAAGAUUGUUAGAAAAGGACACCUGAGAUAAGUGGAGGAAAAAAUGAAAGCAAAGAUAGAAAUACUUUGUUUUUAUUUAGGACCAUUCAAGACAAAGCCCUUCAUGUAAUUUUUGGAGGGUGAAAAAUGUUACUCUGCAAAGACAUUAUUGGGUAGAGUAAAUUAUAUUUAUAAGAAUUUUAAAGCAGUACUCUGAAAAAUCUGAUUCUGGCUAUGAUACCUCAGCCAUAACAAUUGGGAUAUUCUAAAGUUAAAAAUCUUUACAAACUCUGUUUUAGUAGUUUGAUUGUGGUCUCAGUUUAGCUGUGAAAAAUCCAUUUUUUCCCCCUAGAUAUGGCCUCAAAUUGAAGAAGGGAAAAUCCAUACUCUCAGAAAAUAAAAGACUUAUAAGAGAAUCCAUCUAUGUAGAAACAAAAACCCUACUGAGCCCAUCAGUUGCUGUUAGGUAAUAUCUAUAUUUUCUGCAAGUUUUUAAAAAGGGCUUCCUUACUGCUUGAAACUCAGGCAAAGGAUAUAUUUGAACUAAAUUAUCAAAACACACUCCCUACCUUUCUACUUCACUAUCUUUCACUGAAGUAAUAACUCUUAUCAUUACAAUAUUAAGAUUGUUAUGUAUUCUCAGAACACAUACAAAGGAAAAGUAACUAGUGUUGACAUUUUGUCACUGAAGCUGUAUUAUAAUCUUCAAGGCAUUAAAAAAAAUAAGUCUUAUCAGGCUUCUCAAGUACAUUUACUUUAGGGUUUCUCCCAUGGAGAAAUCAAAUUUGGGUUGUUCAUAGGGCUUAAUCAUUUGUGUUGAUGUUAUUAAUCUAUUUGUAUUUGUAUAUGCCAUUGUAAAUGCAAUUGUGCUUCUGUUGGACAGUUAAAGCCAAAUUGUAGCAGCCAGAGAAAAACUGUACAUUCACACAUGUGUUGGUGACUCCCACACAGGGAAUGAUCAUGGCUGUAUCUAAAUACUGUCAGAACAUAUGGUCAGUUUAGUCAGAGCUGGUUGAUUGCCAUCAUGUAGAAAGGACAACUAAAGAACUGAUUAUUUGACUGAAUUGACUGGACAUUUAAGUAUUGUGGGAUAAGUGAGUGUAUACCAAAAUUGUAGUAAUAAUAAUUCUCACCUCAUCAGUCUAUAUUGCACUUGAUUAUGCAAAAUGUAUUGUCGUGUAAUCAGUGGGGUCUAUAAUUAAGACUUUUAAACCCCUUUCAUUUACUACUUCCUGUAGGUCAGCCAUGUGCUUGUAUAAUAGUUCAGUCCAUAAUAGUCACAUUUAAAAAAUGAAAAAGAGAAGAAAAAUAUGACAACAUCAUGGCUCAUUAGCCAAAUUAUAAUGAACAUAUUUGUUGGAUGUUGUAAGAAACUUUGUCCACAUUGGUAUUGAAUUGUAUACUUAUCUACAUGACUAUAUUAAUAUGUAAGUAUCCAAGAUUCUUAUACUGUCUUGUGUUUUCAGAUAUUUAAAAAUUUGCUGUUUCUCCCCAGAAUAGCCAAAAUGAACCCAAAAAAUGGCUGUUGAAUUGGAUAGACUUUAAAAUGAAAUAAAAAUCUCUAACUUUUUUGUAUUUCUUCUCUGUUGUCUUUAAACAAAAGACAGUUAAGAGAUCUCUAACUGAAUAGUAGCAACCCAGGACAUUGCAUUUGAUGGAGUUGCUGUAAUUGCAUUACAUUUGGCAUCCCUCCUUUCAAUUGUAAUUGGAAAUGGAAUUUAGAAAAAUGAAAUAAAAAUUUACUGUGUUCUAAGAAAA